ACUUUAGCAAUGACGGAAAUUUUGACAACCCUAGUGCGCUCUAUCUCUCUUUGCAUACUCUAAGCGGUUCGAAGCGGCUGUAUCUGCCACGAAUUUAUUUAUUUUGUCGAAUUACGUCAAGACACAUCAAUUUCAAACAAAAUGGUGGAGAUCGAGUCAAUGAUGAGAUACGUGUCACCAGUAAAUCCAGCUGUUUUUCCACUACUGGCUGUGGUAUUAUUAGGAAUUGGAAUAUUUUUCACAGCCUGGUUCUUCGUGUACGAAGUCACCAGCACCAAGUUCACACGAGAUAUAUUCAAGGAACUAUUAAUCUCCUUGGUAGCAGCGAUAUUCUCUGGCUUUGGGGUGUUAUUCCUGCUGCUGUGGGUUGGAAUCUACGUAUAGGUAAUAUUGUUGCGUUGAAUUAAAUUGAAACAAUUGACUACUUAAUGGCAUUUAAUUAAGUCAGUAAGAGAGAAAGAGGAUUCCAUUUGUAAGACUUUAUCAUCAUUGCAGUUCAGUCAAAUAAACACUUCCAAAUAUUUUUUACACUACAUAAGUUUAUUCACUUAUCACAAUGAAAACAUGAAAUUUGCAAUGCAAGUACAUAGCAAUCAGUGUUAUAUCUUAAGAAAAUAAGUCUAUUUUUUUCUCAACAUAAAUCAGAAUCUAAUUAAUUCAUGCAAUAUUGUGAUAAAAAAGGUUUCGUACUCAUAUGUGCAAUAAUUAUUAUACUUGCCUAAAAUCAUAGUAUGCAUAAUAUUAAACUUUACGUGAAACAGUUUUCUUCUCGUUACACUGCGAGAAGAAAAGAGCGUUCAUUCGACAAAAUGUACAUAAUUUAUUUGAUCAUUUCAUCGAUAAAAUUUUAAUAUCAGCAGAUGUUACAUAUAUUGUUUCCUAUUUCCACUGCGUAAUACAAGAUUAUUUUGUAGUAAAAUGGAAUAUUGCAUCUCUAAAAUAA